AUGAUUGAAAGUAAAAUCCCUUCACAAUUUUCAAUAAAUUCACAUAAUAAUGUAUGUGAAGCUUCAAGUUAUUCUGAUCAUAGUUUUGAUGAUAAUACCCAAUCAAUUCCUUUAUCACAAGUAGUGAUUAGAUCAGAUUUUGCCAAUGAAACAUCAGAGAGACAAUCCAAAAUUAUAAUUGAAAGAUUCAAUCAAGGUAUAAAGAAUCCAGCAUUUACAGAUUCUCCAGCAUUGGGUCGUGCUUUUCCACGUUUAGAUUCAAGUUAUUUUGCUUUAAGUAAUCGUGACAAAGUUGCUGAAUUAUUCGAUCCACGUGGUCAACGUUUUAGUACAGUUUAUUCUGCAGAUCCAACCACUAUCAUCGAAUACAAUGGUGGAAUCCCAAAAACUAGUCGUUAUUUCACUUUAUACGGUAAAACUGUUUUAAAUGUGCCAUCUGGUCAUUUCGCAAAAGCCUUAUCAAAGAAUCGUCCAGUAAUUUAUGGUGAAGGUCCACAUGUAAUAAUUGAUCCAACUUUUAUAUUUGAUGAAGCAACUGGCUUUGUUAAUCAACAAGAACCAUUUAUAAACCAUUCAACCAUUAAUGUUCUUCGUGUUCCAUCUGGUAAAGUUGCAAAAGUUUGGGUUGGUACUCAACCAUUGAUUUUAGAAUCUCGUCGUGAACCAUACGUUUUUGUUGAUGCUCAAUUUAAAGUUGUCGAACAAAUAGGUAGUCAAGAUAAAUACUUUCAUAAUUCAUCAGCUACAUUUAUGGAACAUGGUUCAAUUAAAAGAAUUAUUCCACAUACUGGUGAAGUUGCAGUCACAUAUAAUAAUGGUGUCCUUGAAAUUAUUCAAACACCAAAAGAUGGUAAACCAGUUAUUAUCGAUUCUCCAACUCAUAAUUUUGAAUGUUUCAUUCAAACAAGUUUACAAACUUGUUUAUUCCCAUCAAAUGAAACUAAACAACAAGCUAUUAAAGAUAAUAAAAAUGCGACAUCUGAUGAAGUUAAUUUAAAAAUUUUCCAAACUAGAGAUUCACUUCGUGUUGGUGUUGUAUUGGUAAUUGCAUUUAGAAUAAUUGAUCCUCAAAUUGCACUCACUAAAUUAGGUAAAGAAGGUAUUAUCAAUCAUAUUGAAAAUAUUUCAUUCGCCGAUAUGGGUAAAGCAAUUCAAUUAAGUACUUUACAAGAGAUUAUGUAUUUCAAUGAUACAAAGCCAUCUGCAACUAUUGAUGCAUCUGCUCAAACAAUUCAAGAUCGUGUAAAAUCUCAUUUGGCAAGAGAUUUAUAUGAAUAUGGUAUUGAAUUAGCUCGUCUUCAAAUUGAAACAAUAAAAGUUUUGGAUACCGAAAUCGCUAAAAAACUUGCUGGUCAAUCAGUUACAUCUGCUGAAUUCACAACCAAACAAGCAACGCUUGUAAAAGAAUAUGAUAUCAAAACCACUGAAGCUCGUCUUAAAGCUGAAACCGAUAAUAUUGCAUUAGAACAAAAAGGUAUAGCAAUUAUUGCAGAAGCUCAAGCAAAAUUAGAAUCUGCUAAAAAACAAGCUGAAGCUUUACUUGUUACAGCUAAUGCUCAAAAGAAAGUUCAGGAAAUACAAGGUGAAUUAUAUUCCAAAUUCCCGAUUCUCGCUGAAAUUGAAUUGGCUAAAAUUAAAUCCGAAGCUUUAAAAAGUUCAACACUUUAUAUUACUCCUCAAGAUGCUGGUAACUUUAUGAAUUCACCAUUCUUUUUCAUGGAAAGAAUGCUUGGAAAACAACAAACCAACAUUAAAAGUUAA